AUGAAAUGUUCAAAACAAUUAUCAGUUGUAGUUAUAAACAUGUGGACGAUAUUGGAGACUUUUAUUUUAUCUGAGAUUCCCCUAGUACAUUUAUUUUAUUUAAUACUAAUUGUUACUACCGUUAGCAAUCAAACGGUUGAAGAGCCUAUCAAAUCAACUCAUAAACAUUCUGAUGAAAUUAUUGAUAACGCAGUUGAAGACACAAGUCCUAUUCCAUCAAAUGUGGAUAACGUACCAACGAUUAAUGAUGAAAAAGCCGAACAAAAUAAUGUAUUUAGUGAACUGGCUAAAAGAAUGAGUACUAGAAAUACAAUUCCUCAGAUUAGUGAAAAUGAAAAGAAUAAUAUUGACACUAAAGAAAAUGGCAUAAAUACUAUAGAUCAUAACAAAAAAGUAUCAGGUAAAAUCUUUAAAAGGACUAAAUCUGAGAAGAAUAAUAGUCAUAUUAAUGGAUAUGAAGAUAUUGAACCGGACGUUGAAAAGAAAAUUGGUCUAGAAACUAGUGAUGAUGAACAAAUUGGUCUAGAAACUAGUGAUGAUGAACAGCCAGAAAUAGCACAACUAUUUAAACCUGAAAAUGAAAUUAACAAUACUGUAGCGGACGAUGAGAAGAAAAUUGGUCUAGAAACUAGUGAUGAUGAACAGCUAGAAAUAGCUCAACUAUUUGAACCUGAAAAUACUCAAGAUGCAAAAUAUCCAUUGAAGCCAAUUAAUCGAAAUGAAUUGACGCAAUCUCCUAUCGACAAUGUUGAAAUCGUAAAAAUCAAAAAUGAACAGCUAAGCGAGGACAGUAAAAAUAAUAGAAAAAAUAAGAAAAAAGCGACAUUUUUUAGAGAAUUCAACCCUUCUGAUGGUAAUGCACGCAUAUAUUGUACAUUUUUGGGAGAUGUAUUUAAAAUGUACAAAAAAGUACAAAAACGUUUUGUUGGACACUUUUGUCAUGCAAUUGUUUUUGGCACUCCGAUAAUUUUAAAAAAACAACGAGUACACUUGGGACAAAGAAUGAGAAAUCAACUGACUGAAAUACAUUCACUUAAAAACUUAAGUCUUAUCAUCGUCAUUAUGCAAUAUUCGAGCUAUAAAUAUUGGAAAAAUGCGUUAAAUCACAGAGACUUGAAUAUUUUAGUAAAAGAUAUAAUAAACACGGUCAUACGAUAUAAAAUCGAUGGAAUACAAUUUUCAAAUUUACAUCCAUCGGUAGGAUAUAAAAUAGAUAAACACAUGAUGGAUAAUCUAAUAAAAUUCUUUAAACUACUACAAAAUGAAGCAGAAAAAAAAAAUCAUAAUUUAAAAUUUGGCAUAACCAUCAAUAUGUACGGUCUGUCGAACACAAAAAGUUUUACUUCAUUCAACAAUUUAAAUCCGCUGGUCACAUGGUAUUCAUUCGAAUCAAUUUCCAUGGUAAAAUGUUCAUUGGAUUACAAAUUUAUCGGCACUUCUCCAUUACACGGAAAAAAUGGCUUUAAAAGUAUAAUUGAGACAUUAAUCAAGCAUAUCAAUCAUGAUGACAAAUUUGAUAUGUCGAAACUCGUAGUUGGUAUACAAUUGUUUCCAAAUAAAAUUGGUAAUUCAAAGCUAUACACAUAUGAAGAGUAUUGUUCACAACCAAAGAACACUUGGGACUCAUGGUGUGCUGCGCAACCUGAAGAACUUUGGUUAAAGGGUGAUUUUUUGCGGACUACUCAUAUUGGAGGCGUUCAACUGUAUUACAUGCACUCGGACGAUUACAGGUCCACAUGCGGAUGCUUUUCGUUCCCAUUGAUCCGUGCACUUCUUCGGGGCUUGAUUAACAUUAAGGAAAAAGAAGAGUGCGAUUUUGAAACGGCACACAACUAAAUAGUCGUAAUCAUAUUAAGAUAUAGAUAAUAUUAUUAAGUUUYCCUCAUUAGUCAUAAACUCAUGAAAUAAUAUCAUAUCUUUUCAUCGGGUGCUUGGAAAUUGGAUUAUGAAUAUUUUA